AUGGGCCAAAGCUACUACGAUCUGGCAACACGUGCUCUGGCGUGCUACCAGGCUCUACCGGACCCAGAUGCGUCCAGAAAACAAAACAAACGCCUACUCAUCGCCCUCGCUGGCCCUCCUGGCUCAGGAAAAGGCCGGAUAGCCUCAAAAAUCGCCAAAAUCGUCAACCAGAGCGGUGUCUCUUGCUCUGUAAUAUCAGUGGAUGGAUGCUCCCAAGAGUCACACAAUGAUACCAGUAGCAUCUUACCCAAAAGCCCGUCUUGGACAUUCAAAGGAGCAGCGGCCGUCGAUCUUGUUCAGCAAAUCCAGAAACAGACCACGGAACAAAACGACAUCAAAUCACCAUUCACAAUACACGUGGAGGAUGUCGAAGCCCACAACCUAAAUGUCGCUGGUGAUGCAUCUAUAGUCAUCUUCGAGGGUCUCUAUGUGCUUUGCGAAGAUCUCCCUUGGACAAGGAUUGGAGACAUGGUGCACGAGCGGUGGUUCGUCGAGGUCGAACCUGAGAUAGCUCGGCAAAGGGUUGUCAAACGAUUUCUCAUUACUGGAUUCGAGAAAGAUUACGAGGCUGCUUGCACGAGAUAUGACGAGAACGAUGUUUUUAAUGCCGAAUUCAUCAAUCGGACGAGUAAAGGACGGGAUGUGACCAUCAAGAGCACAGAUCGACGAGAUUCCACGGGAUCAAGCUAUUGA